AUUUCUCUCCUUCUAUUUUCUUCAAAAUAUCGAGGUAUUAUUACGAGCUCAAUAAUAAUAUAUACGUUCGUAUAAUGGCUAGCCUUCAAUCUGAUGAACAACUCAAACAACUCAAAGAAAUAUUCGGACGAUUCGAUCUUGAUCAUGAUGGAAGCCUCACACAACUAGAGUUAGCCGCGCUUCUUCGUGCCCUAGGGCUCAAACCAACGGGCGAUCAAAUCCAUACAUUAUUAGCAAAUAUGGACAAUAAUGGCAACGGGUUCAUCGAAUUCGAUGAACUCGUAAAUGCCAUUAUGCCUGAUAUGAAUGCAGAAAUUUUAAUAAAUCAAGAACAAUUAAUGGAGGUUUUUCGAUCGUUCGAUCGAGACGGUAACGGUUACAUAACGGCUGCUGAGCUGGCCGGGUCAAUGGCUAAAAUGGGUCGCCCGUUAACGUAUAAGGAGUUAUCUGAUAUGAUGCAAGAAGCUGAUACUAAUGGUGAUGGUGUUAUAAGUUUUAAUGAGUUUGCUAAUAUUAUGGGAAGAUCUGCUGCUGAUGUUCUUGGAUUAACGGUUUCGUAAUCAGAAACGGAUUCAGGAUUUGAACUUUACAGGUCGGGUUUUGAUUAAAUUUUAGGUUUGAAAUCUAUUACUGUAUGUAUUAUUUAACAUAGAAUUUAAGUCAAGGCUAGUGAUUCGAAUAAAUUCCUAGCUCUUUUACUAGAUUCGCCUCUUGAUUAACCGGUAUCUAAGAGCGGUUUUCCGAUAUGUUUUUAUUUUUAUUUUUAUUUUUAAUUGUGACAUUAAUUAAUGUUAGAAAUUGGUGUUGGUUGAUGAGUUGUAGAUGAUGACUUUGAUGGUAUUAGACUUGGUCCAAUUGAUGACUUUUAUGGUGU